AUGGAUCUCGACGACGAGUUCUCCGAUGACGGUUUCGACGACAUCCCUGCCAAUGCCCUCCAGGAGCUCGAGGAUAACGCAAUACAACUCACGCAGGCCCAAGCCCAAUCGAAGCCAUUGACACAGCGCCCACGCAUCGAAUCCCCAGAAAUAGUCUGGAUAGAAGACGAUGACCUCGAUACGACCGAAGUGACGAAUGACGCCGGUGUUCCUAUUGGGAGGCCAGUUGUAGACGGCAAUUUCCAACAAAACCAGUCAUCUCAAAGCUACUACUUGGACUCUCGACGUUCAGUUCCGCCCCCAAAUCCACGAUGGAACCCUAUUGUCGAACCUUCGAAGCGGCGGCCCAUGGGCCAAACCCCUCAACAGCCUUACAAUGCUGGACCACCUCACCAGCCCAUGUACACCUCUCAGCAGUUCCAGACCCAGAGCUCCAACUUCGUUCGUGCUCAACCGAGUCAAUUUGCUCGGCCUGCUGUGCCACAAAACAGACCAGGAGCCUCUCAACAGUCCCAGAAUCAACCUGGCGAUAUCUUGUCAGCACUACAGCAGCGAGUUCGAGCCCUCGAGGAUCAACUCAAAGCAGCUCUGGGAGAAGCUUCGAUUGUCCGAUCCAAUUUUGUGAAAUCGAACGAGGAGCACGCUGCAGAGGUUGCUCGUCUGAACAAGAUCAAUGCCGAACAAUUGGCGAAACAGGAAAGGAUUGCUGAGGCAGCUAUUGCCGCUGAACAGAACGCCAACACGGAACUUCAAUUUCUACAGCGGGACAUGAGAGAGGUCAGUGAUCGAGUUCGCCGCAAGGAUCCCGCUGUUGGAACCUCGGCAGGAGUUACGACUCCCAAGAAGGCAAACAAGUCAUGGGUUGCGGAUGGGUUCGAUGAGAUGGAUAUUGUUGUAAGUCCAAGUAAGGGCCAAGGACGGAGCAGAAAUCCUGGCUCAGUUGCCUUACACGUCGGUGAGAGAACACCUAGCAAAGGAAAAAGGAAACGACCGACUGUUGACAGUCCUAUCAUGGCAUUGGAGACUCACACCGACAGCUUCGCCAGUAGUACUGGGAAGCCAGAGGCUCCAGUACACCAACCCCCGCUUGUGGUAGCGCCACCACCAGCUGUCCUUUUUGAGUUUCUACCACUUGUGCUCGAUCAUGGAGCCCCUCGCCCAACACUGGACAUCUUGUCUCGCUUCUCCUUCAAAGAUGACAAAGAUACCUCGCUUUCCGCCAUAAUAUUCCAAAAAAUACCUCUGAUGGGAAGUCCUGAUCGACCGAUGCAGCUCCUUGUGGACUUUGCAAAUCUUAUGGUCAACAUGUGGAAUCGCUGUCAUGAGGAGCAGCUCUGGGAGCCGAUCAAGUAUUUGCUCUCGAUCAUCUCCUUUAUCUUCUCACUCCACGCAUCAGAAGUCGUUCCCUUCGUUUUGCCGAAUCUGACACCUCCCGCGCAAGCCACCAUCUGCACUUUGGCUGAAUGGCAGCACCGCAUUCGUGAGGGUGAACGACGGCUGAGGAACGAUGACUUCCAGUCGAUGAAGGAACAUAUAAAGAUCAUUGAUAUUUUGUCAGUCUUGUAUACAAGCGCUUUAGCUUGCUCCACUGCAAUGGAUGUGACAGAAGAUGAAAUCAAGCCCAAGUCGACAGUCUUUUGGCGAUGCAUAAAACCCGACAUGGUCUACAAACUUCUAAGCCCAAAGCAAGAGCUUUCUGAUAUCUUGGGCAUGCUCGAGCUCCUGACAACCUCUGCACUUCCAGACUCAAUAGGUCCGAUUACAGACGACGAAGAUACUCACGUGGCUAGUCAUGUCAUCAACCAUGUUACAAACAAGCUUACGGAUUACCACCCAUCAGUAACUACCCGCCAUGAGAAAUCUACUUUAUGCUUGGCUGCUUUGCGAACGCUCAUCGCCUUUUCACGCCAUCCUUUUGGCGCUAAGGAGCUUGCGUCUCACAGUCUCGCUCUCCCUCGCCUUGUGGCCUGCCUCAGCAUGUCCAUAGACGAGCUGUACGACCAGCCUAUCCCUUUUAACAUCCUACCACAAACAUCCGAGACCAAGGAUAUACGCCAGAGAUCAACUACGACGUCGUACUCGGCUGGUCUAUAUCGGAUCAUUUCACAAUGCGUCUUCUUGAUACAUGCUUUAGUGACAGGCCCCGAUACCGCCAAUCUCGCAGACAUUAGCGAGAAGCUCUCAAUGGCUCACGGGGGAAGCCAAAGAUACCUUCUCGCUCUAGGAAGACUUGCUUUUGCCGAGGAAGAUUUAGUGAUGGAGGCCGGGAUCGAUGGAGAGACAGUUGAGGCAGCCCAUGAGUUGCUCGAACUGGAGGUGACGCCAGAUGAGGGCGAGGUAGUGAAUGAAGCAUUUGGCGGCUAA